AUGGCAAGCACGACACGUCGAAAGCAUUGGGCCCUCGUUGCAAGUGGAUUCGCAACAGAAUCUUCCGGGGUUCAGGACCAGCAUCUCGUCGGGGCUGAGAUUUCGAACCGAACCUUGUCUACCGAGAGCUCUAGUGAAGGAAAAGAACGUCCAGAUGGAGGAUGGUCGGGCAAAGGUGUCGUUUGGCCAACGUCCAACUUGCUCGAGAGAACUGCCAACAAAGAUGUCUUCCAGACCUUCCGCCCCGGAAGGGGCCACGUGUCUACACCAAAUCGAAAUCUUCCGGGAGGUCGAGGUCCUCCGCAUGCCCAACUAUCAUCACAAUGGAAAGAUAGACGGGAUCCCGCGGUAGACGCACCCAGUACUGAGAAUACGAUGAGCUGCUUGGUAAUAUCAAGAGCCAUUACCUUGCGCUCGACUUCAAGUGCGGCCCACCGGACGCGAGAACAAGCAUCAUCCUCCUUGAACCGUAGACUGAACGAGUGGAUCCCCGAGAUGAACUAA